UUUUCAUUUCAGUUGGUUUCCCACUCUGAUGAUUUAUAUCUGACAGAGGAGCUUUAAAGGAAUAGUAUGGUGACAUAUUGGUGUGGCUUGAAAUAAAUAGGAUUAUUAAUUAUAAACUCCUACAGCAACAAUACACUGCAGCUUUGACGUCAAGAAGAGAAGGUGCUACUCUAUAGCCAGCAGAUGUCGGAUGUGCGUCUUUCAGGUGAUGCUUCUUGCGUGACGUAUAAUUUACUGGACGGGACGAUUCUUCAGGAACAACAACACCGCUACUCUUUCAACCACCUCGGUAGCUUGCUAACCAACAUAAAACUGAAAGAUUGGCGCUUUAGACCAUGUUAAUGUACAUGAGCUAAUCUCAGUGUUUUAAACACAGUUCUGUUGACGUAUCUAGUGGUUAACUUUAACCUAAUUUGCUUGUUCAAUUUGCAAACUUGUUAAAGAUUGAUGCUGAGCCUAGAACUAGGCUAGUCGCUAAUGUUAAUUAGCUAGCUAACAUCACUGACCAUGAGCUCACUAAACUACUCCUCCCCUGCUAAAGAAGAUGAGGUUUGCUGUUUGGAGAAAGAAGCUCUGGCGCUGAACAUGGAAGAAGAAGAGGAGGAUAUUACAGUGAAAGAACCUUUCAGAAUGAAAAUUGAGGAAGAGGAGGUUGUUAUAGGAAAAGAACCCUUUAGAGAGGAAGAGGAUGUUAUCUCAAUAAAGGUGAAGAAGGAAGACGUUUUGGGAGUGAAAGAGGAGGAAACAGAAGAAGCUUUCAGUAUGAAAAGGGAGGAAGAGGAGGCUAUCACGUUGAACGAGGAGGAUAUUACAGUGAAAGAGGAAGAUGGGAAAGAGGUUAUCAGCGUGGAAGAGGAAGUAGAAGCUUUCAGAAUCAAAAAGGAGGAAGAUGCCAUAACAUUGAAAGAAGAAGAGAAUGUAGUGACAGAAGAGGAAGAACCUUUUGGCGUAAAAGAGGAAGAGGAGGCUAUCUCAAUUAAAGAGGAGGAAGACGUUUUAGGAGUGAAAGAGGAGGAGGAGACUGAAGAUCCGAUUAAGACCAUCAACAGAUGGCGAUGUGCGUCUUUCAGGUGAUGCUUCUUGCGUGACGUAUAAUGGACGGGACGCUUCUUCAGGAACAACAUCGCGGCUACUCUUACAACCACCUCGGUAGCUUGCUAGCCAACAUAAAACUGAAAGAUUUAGGUUUUAGACGAUGUUAAUUAGCUGAUCUCAGUGUUUAAAACGCAUUUUUGUUGACGUAUCAACUGGUGAACUUGAACCUAAUUUGCUUGUUCAAUUUGCAAACUUGUUAAAGAUUAAUGCUGAGCCUAGGUUAGUCGCUAAUGCUAACUAGCUAACAUCACUGACCAUGAGUUCACUAAACUACUCCUAUCCUGCUAAAGAAGAUGAGGUUUGCUGUUUGGAGAAAGAAGCUCUGGCGCUGAACAUUGUCGUGAAAGAAGAAGAGGAGGAUAUUACAGUGAAAGAAGAGAAAGAACCUUUCAGAAUGAAAAAGGAGGAAGAGGAGGUUGUUAUAGGGAAAGAAGAGAAAGAACCGUUUAGAGAGGAAGAGGAUGCUAUCUCAAUAAAGGUGAAGAAGGAAGACGUUUUGGGAGUGAAAGAGGAGGAGACAGAAUAUCAGAUUAACACCAGAGAGAGACAUGACUAUCGUGGAUCCUCUGGGGAGCCUCAACAACAUCCUGAUGCUGACGAGGCAGAGAAGAGUCUCUCCAGAUCAGAACACCAGAUGGUACAGCUUGGUCUGGUCUAGUAUACAGCUUGCUUUAUCGGGGUCUGGGCUGGGUUUCUGUAAAGCACUUCAUGACAACAGCGACAUCAGCAUCCAUAAUGGUAUGUCUCUAUGUCCCCUCUUUAUGGUUAACAGGAUAUCGCUAGCCCUUUCACCCUCCCGGAGUCCCCGGGUCGUGCCUCUCCCCGGUAGCGCCUUACUGCUGGGUAUGAAGAGGUUGUCUGUGCUGCUGGUUGACUGCAGGAAAACAACGGGGCUGAGUGGAACUGUGAGAGGAGGAGAGAAGAAAGGAUCAGAUUUGAGACACAAAAGAGAAAAACCUAAUUCGGAGGAACCAGAGACAUCCAAACCAGCAAGACGGCACCUCUGCUCCCAGAUUGGAAAGCGUUUUACCAAGUUAGGAAGCCUGAAAAGACAUAGGAGGACGCACACUGGAGAGAAGCCACACCAUUGCGCCCAGUGUGGACAUAAUUUUAACCAGUUAAGAAGCCUGAAAGCUCAUGAGCGAAUACACACAGGGGAGAAGCCUUACAAAUGCUCAGACUGUGGAAAGACAUAUUACUCAUCAUGGUCACUUAAAGUCCAUGUGAGAACCCACACAGGGGAGAAGCCUUACCACUGCUCCCAGUGUGCAAAGAGUUUUAGCCAGUUAGGAUACCUGAAAGCCCAUGAGCGAAUACACACAGGGGAGAAGCCUUACCACUGUUGCCAAUGCGGAAGUAGUUUUAGCCAGUUAGGGAACCUGAAAGUUCAUGAGCGAAUACACACAGGGGAGAAGCUUUACCACUGCUCCCAGUGUGGAAAGAGUUUUAGCCAGUCAGGAAGCCUGAAAACUCAUCAGCGAAUACACACAGGGGAGAAACCUUACCACUGCUCCCAGUGUGCAAAGAGUUUUGUCCAUUUAGGACAUCUGAAAGAACACAUGAGACUGCACACAGGGGUGAAGCCUUACCAAUGCUCAGACUGUGGGAAGACCUAUUACUCAUCACAGUCACUUAAAGUUCAUGUGAGAACCCACACAGGGGAGAAGCCUUACCACUGCUCCCAGUGUGCAAAGAGCUUUAGCCAGUUAGGACACCUGAAAGCCCAUGAGCGAAUACACACAGGGGAGAAGUCUGCUCCCACUGUGCAAAGAAUUUUACCAAAUUAUGAAGCCUGAAAAAACACAUGAGACUGCACACAGGGGAGAAGUCUUACAAAUGGUCAGACUGUGGGAAGACAUAUUACUCAUCACGGUCACUUAAUCAUCAUGUGAGAAUCCACACAGCAGAGAAUAAUGACUUCUAGUGUGUAUAUUGAUAUUUCACAUCACAUUGACUUAAUUACUUCUCCUAGUGUGUAAAUUGAUAUUUUACAUCAAAUUGACUUAAAAUUUAUCAGAGAACAUACACAGUGCUCCCAUUGUCUUAUAUUGUUGACUGAGAAUGUGUUUACUUGUUUAUACCAUAAGAAAUUAAAUGGUACAAAGUAUACUCAAACAAAUAUUUGUAUGUUUUUAUUAUAAAACAUGAAUUGAAUAUGGAGUACGUCAGUUUGAAUAUAAAGUAGAUCAGAUGCCAUGUGUUUAAAUGGUCCUUUUUUAAACUCUGACUGUGGGUGUGUUUAUCUGAGUGUCAUUCCUCCAGCACUACAGAUAAUCAAGUGUUAUUUGGAUGUGAUGCAUUUGUUCCAUUGUUUACAUUUGCAUUGUUGGCCCACUGAUGAUUUAAUGACAUGAAAAUAUUCAGACUGUAAUGGAAAAUGUUAAUCGUAUGUGUCCACAUAACUGAUUAUGUGACUAACCUUGUGAAACUGUCCAAUUAUAAUCUCCUGUUCUUGGGAGUAUCAUCCUGUGUUGCAAGCCAAUUUGCACCUGUGUCCUUGUAUGAAUAAAGUCCCUCCCAGGAACAGGAAACUAUAAAGAUAUGUGCUCAUCACCCAAUGCUUCAGGAAUUCAGACUGUCUACACUGCGCUGUGUAACUCUGCUAUUCUCUCUGAGCUCAGAAAUAAAGAAUUUUGGUUUUA